AUGGGCUCCCUAGGCCCAACCUACCAGCCCAAUGGCGCAGACAACACGCCACCCAUCUCACCUCCCAACGGCGUGCAAGGUCUCCCCGGCUUCUCGACGCCAAUGUUCCCUGCGAAGCCGAACAUCCUCUUCAUCAUGGCGGACCAGCUCGCUGCGCCCCUUCUCAAGAUGCACAAUCCCAAGUCCCAGAUCAAGACUCCGAAUUUGGACAAACUAGCAGAACAAGCCGUGGUCUUCGACUCAGCUUACUGCAACUCUCCACUAUGCGCUCCGUCACGAAUGUGCUUGAUCAGUGGACAACUCCCAUCCAAGAUCGGAGCGUAUGACAACGCUUGCUCUAUCGGGUCGGACGUUCCAACGUACGCACAUUACCUCCGUGCCGCAGGGUAUGAGACUACGCUUGCUGGGAAGAUGCACUUCAUUGGAGAUCAGCUGCACGGAUAUGAGAAUCGGCUGACUGCGGACAUAUACCCUGGUGACUAUGGCUGGGCUGUGAACUGGGAUGACCCAGGCCGUCGUCUGGAAUGGUAUCACAACAGCAGCUCUAUCUUACAGGCCGGACCAUGCGUUCGGACCAAUCAAUUGGACUAUGAUGAGGAGGUCUUGUACAAGUCCAAGCAGUAUCUCUACGACUACGCAAGAGAGGGACCGGAUAGAAGACCCUUUGCGCUGACAGUGUCUUUCACCCAUCCACACGAUCCCUACUCUAUCGAGACCAAGUACUGGGAUAUGUAUGAGGAUGUCGACAUUGAUCUGCCGGAAGUCCAGAUCAAAGAGGAAGACCAGGAUCCUCACAGCGCCCGUCUACAAUACGUCACGGAGCUCCGCGGCCACAACUUCACAGAUGCACAGCUCAAACAAGCACGCCGAGCAUACUACGGAGCGGUGUCAUACAUUGAUCACAACAUCGGAGAGCUUAUUGACGUGCUCAAGAAAACUGGUCUGGCCGAUGACACCAUAAUUAUAUUCAGUGGUGAUCAUGGCGACAUGCUGGGCGAACGAGGACUAUGGUACAAGAUGUCGUAUUUCGAGAACUCAGUACGAGUGCCAAUGCUCAUCUCUCAUCCAAAGCAGUUCAAGCCACACCGUGUAACCGAAUCCGUCUCAACGCUUGACCUAAUGCCGACCUUAGUCGAGCUCGUGGGCAGCAAACUUGUACCGGGUCUGCCGAUGGACGGACAGUCUGUUCUCCCACAUCUCUACGGCGCUGGUGGACACGAUAACGUCUUUGCCGAGUACAUGGGCGAAGGCACGAUUGCACCUCUGAUGAUGAUUCGCCGUGGUCCAUGGAAGUACGUCACCUGCCCAAGCGACCCACCGCAGCUUUUCAACUUGGUCAGCGACCCGCUGGAGAAGGAGAAUCUGGCCAGUAGCGCAGACGAGACGGUCCGCAGCAUCUUCAAAGCUUUCGAAGCCGAAGCCAACAAGAAGUGGAACUUUUCUCAGAUCACAGACGAUGUGUUGGUGUGCCAACGCCAGCGCCGUUUGGUGUGGUCAGCACUUCAGAAGGGUCGCUUCGAGAGCUGGGAUUGGAGAGGCGACGCUCGUGAUGAUGGCAGGCUGAAGUACAUUCGAUCUCAGAUGCCUCUGGACGACCUCGAGCGCAAGGCCCGGUUCCCACCAUCGGCAGUUCCCGGACCCAAGUCCGUCCUCCAGUACAAUGAGCCGAAGACACCGGCAUAUCUUCAGGCCAAGCGCUUGAAGGAAGAGCUUGCCGCGCGACCAGCUGUGCAGAUCGACCACAACCCUCAGCCAUUCUAUUGA